AUGUCUGUGAGCGAUUUGACUCUCGACCUCCCUUGUGAUGAGGAUCUAUGGACGUGUGGAGAUGAACAAGAGUGGAAACAGAAACUUGCUUCAAAACCAAGCCCGAGGCAGUCGGUAAAGGUUGUUGAACUGCUUCGGAACAGAAGUCUCAGAAAAGAUGAGCUGGAACCUUUGGGACCUUCUGCUCUCUUUGUGGCAACCUGCACCGCUUACGUGGAAGAAAGAGCACUGAUGAAACAGUUUGGUGACGACCCAUCAAAUCCACUGUUCGAAGCCUCACCAGAAAGUAUCUUCAAUCGCCUAAACAAGCAGACCGACGAUCUAUUGGACAUUUUCCUGCAAUUCUAUAGUACCCACACUGCCACCUCGCCCAUUGUCGGUAAUACUGCGAAAUUGUGUCAUCUCUUCCAAAUCAUCCGCUUUAUUCCGUAUCGAAUUCUAUACUCAUCCUGCGGUUGGUGGAUGCGCAAACCCGAGGCAGAUGUCUUCACGCAACAAAUUUCCCGGAAACUUGAGGAAGAUCCCCAAAAGGCUCGCCAGUCGUUGAUCCACGCAGCUCAAAUCCUGCAUCUUAUUCGAACUCAGCAGCUACCGGAAUGCUGGGACUCAUUUCUCUUUCUCAUAGCGUCAUUGUACAUUUGGUUCUAUGACCGGUUCGUGGUGGCUCGAAAAAGAGGCAGGGUAGCUGGUCCGACGCACCUCCAUACUCUGCGAAUUGAUCAAGGUAUUAGUCACGCCAAUUUAGCGAAUUGGGUGCACGGAGAGGGGGAGGAUGAGAAGCCUGUCCAUAUAUCUGGCAUUGGGGUGCUUAAUGGGGCGGAUAGUACCUCCCGCGUUCUGAAAGAAGCUAUUCAUGUACUAACCCAUGAUGGCCCCUGGUCUGUACAAUCAAAUACCAUCGCUAGGUCACUCCAGGGAAUGCUGGCAGGUGUAUUUCCUUCAUUUGAUGACUGA